CAUGACAAUUUCUGGGUGGGUAUUUAUGAUUUCGGUGGGCUUCAAUGCUGCUGCAAGUGUUCGUGUGAGCAAUGAAUUGGGAGCUGGAAAUCCAAAGUCUGCUGCAUUUUCAGUUGUAGUUGUAACAGUAAUGUCUUUCGUCGUAUCGGCUAUCAUCGCCAUAGGCAUACUUUUUAGUCGUAAAUACAUCAGCUACAUCUUCACCGAAGGCGAAAUUGUGGCUAAUGCCGUCGCAGAUCUCUCCCCAUUGCUUGCCAUCACCAUCAUUCUCAAUGGAAUCCAACCCGUCUUGUCUGGUGUGGCUGUUGGUUGUGGAUGGCAAUCCUUUGUGGCCUAUGUUAACGUUGGCUGCUACUACUUUGUUGGGGUUCCUGCUGGUAUUCUCCUCGGCUUCAACUUCGGCCUUGGCCUUGGAGCAAAGGGAAUAUGGACAGGAAUGAUUGGGGGAACAUUCAUGCAAACUAUAAUUCUUCUUUGGGUCACUAUCAGAACUAAUUGGAACACAGAGGUUCAAAAUGCACAACAAAGAAUGGAUGCGUGGGGUGAAAAGAAGAAACCUCUUCUUGCAAACCAAGAUUCCAUGAACUAAGUCCAGAAGCAGCAGUGUGUUUCUCAGAGGCUAAUUUUCGUUAAUAAGGAGGAAGGAAUGGCUUACAAAUCCUUUCAUAAUGCACCAUGGAGAAAAUUAAACAUAAUUGAGGAUUUUGAUUAAGAUUUGCUCAUUUUAGAUGAUUCAAAGUAGAGGGAGUUGGUGGGGAUGGUAGCAUAGUUGAACUUUUAGUUGUUUUUUUUUUUCUUUCUUUCUUCCUACAUGUUUUGCUUAUUUUUUUUUGGGUGCUUUUUUCUCUGUUGGAGGAAGCAUACAUUUCUUCUAGAAAUUUUGGCUUACAAAGGUAAGUUGUGAUGUUUUCUGUUGUGACAAUAAGUAAUUUAUCCAUGUUCACGAAAUA